GCUUCGACGCAGGAGGCGGGGCUGCUCAGUCCUCCAGGCGUCGGUGCUCUGCGGUGUUGAAUAUUGUUGCUUGCUUGGCUGUGCGCGCGUGCGCGGACAUGGCCUCAAACGAUUAUACCCAACAAGCAACCCAAAGCUAUGGGGCCUACCCCACCCAGCCCGGGCAGGGCUAUUCCCAGCAGAGCAGUCAGCCCUACGGACAGCAGAGUUACAGCGGUUACAGCCAGUCCACGGACACUUCAGGCUAUGGCCAGAGCAGCUAUUCUUCUUACGGCCAGAGCCAGAACACAGGCUAUGGAACUCAGUCAGCUCCCCAGGGAUAUGGCUCAACUGGCGGCUAUGGCGGUAGCCAGAGCUCCCAAUCUUCUUACGGGCAGCAGUCCUCCUACCCUGGUUAUGGCCAGCAGCCAGCUCCCAGCAGCACCUCGGGAAGUUACGGUAGCAGUUCUCAGACCAGCAGCUAUGGGCAGCCCCCAAGUGGGGGCUACGGCCAGCAGCCUAGCUAUGGUGGACAGCAGCAAAGCUAUGGACAGCAGCAAAGCUAUAAUCCCCCUCAGGGCUAUGGACAGCAGAACCAGUACAACAGCAGCAGCAGUGGUAGUGGAAGUGGAGGUAACUAUGGCCAAGAUCAAUCCUCCAUGAGUGGUGGUGGCGGCGGCGGUGGUGGUGGUGGCGGCGGCGGCGGCUGUGGCAGUGGUGGUGGUUAUGGCAAUCAAGACCAAAGUGGUGGAGGCGGCGGUGGCUACGGACAGCAGGACCGUGGAGGCCGUGGCAGGGGCGGCAGCAGUGGUGGCGGCGGCGGUGGUGGUGGUUACAACCGCAGCAGUGGUGGCUAUGAACCCAGAGGUCGUGGAGGUGGCCGUGGAGGCAGAGGUGGCAUGGGCGGAAGUGACCGUGGUGGCUUCAAUAAAUUUGGUGGCCCUCGGGACCAAGGAUCACGUCAUGACUCCGAACAGGAUAAUUCAGACAACAACACCAUCUUCGUGCAAGGCCUGGGUGAGAAUGUUACAAUUGAGUCUGUGGCUGAUUACUUCAAGCAGAUUGGUAUUAUUAAGACAAACAAGAAAACGGGACAGCCCAUGAUUAAUUUGUACACAGACAGGGAGACUGGCAAGCUGAAGGGAGAGGCAACGGUCUCUUUUGAUGACCCACCUUCCGCUAAAGCAGCUAUUGACUGGUUUGAUGGUAAAGAAUUCUCUGGAAAUCCUAUCAAGGUCUCAUUUGCUACUCGCCGGGCAGACUUUAAUCGGGGUGGUGGCAAUGGUCGUGGAGGCCGAGGGCGAGGAGGACCCAUGGGCCGUGGAGGCUAUGGAGGUGGUGGCAGUGGUGGUGGUGGCCGGGGAGGAUUUCCCAGUGGAGGUGGUGGCGGUGGAGGACAGCAGCGAGCUGGUGACUGGAAGUGUCCUAAUCCCACCUGUGAGAAUAUGAACUUCUCUUGGAGGAAUGAAUGCAACCAGUGUAAGGCCCCUAAACCAGAUGGCCCAGGAGGGGGUCCAGGUGGCUCUCACAUGGGGGGAAACUACGGGGAUGAUCGUCGUGGUGGCAGAGGAGGCUAUGAUCGAGGCGGCUACCGGGGCCGCGGAGGGGACCGUGGAGGCUUCCGAGGGGGCCGGGGUGGUGGGGACAGAGGCGGCUUUGGCCCUGGCAAGAUGGAUUCCAGGGGUGAGCACAGACAGGAUCGCAGGGAGAGGCCGUAUUAAUUAGCCUGGCUCCCCAGGUUCUGGAACAGCUUUUUGUCCUGUACCCAGUGUUACCCUCGUUAUUUUGUAACCUUCCAAUUCCUGAUCACCCAAGGGUUUUUUUGUGUCGGACUAUGUAAUUGUAACUAUACCUCUGGUUCCCAUUAAAAAUGACCAUUUUAGUUAAA